AUGACGACCUACCAAUUCCACGACGUCACCAAAUCCGUCACCGACAUCGACAGACGCAAAUGUCGUCGUGAAGUACCGAUGCAAGUCCUGGCACUUGGACUCUGUCGGACAGGAACAGACUCAUUGAGACAAGCUCUCCGAGCCCUAGGAUACAAUGAUACCUAUCACGGAUACGCAGCAGUCCUGGAGAACCCUCGAGAUUGUGAGAUGUGGCAUGCUGCGCUGAGCGCCAAGUAUGAGGGAAAGGGACGACCAUUUGGUCGAAAAGAAUUCGAUCAGAUAUUGGGGCAUUGUCAGGCUGUAUCCGACUUCCCCGCAGCCUGUUUCGCGGACGAAUUAAUCCAAGCCUACCCCGAGGCCAAAGUAAUCCUGACAGUCCGAGACGUCGACGAUUGGCAUCGAUCCGUCAGUAAAUCAUUCACGCCCCUCCUCACACACCCUCUUCUCCCCCUCUCCACCAUCCUCGAGACCCUCCUCCUCUCCCGAACACGCUGGAUCCGCCCAACCUGGCAAAAGAUAUGGAAAUACUACUUCAACGAUGACUUCGACGCCAAUGGCCGUAAAGCCUUCGAGGCGCAUAAUAGUCAUGUGAAAGAUAUUGUGCCAGCUGAGAACUUGCUCGUCUAUAAUGUCAAGGAUGGGUGGGAGCCGCUGUGUGAGUUUCUGGGGAAGACGGUUCCCUUGGAUGGGAAGGGUGAUGUGGUGCCUUUUCCGAGGGGGAAUGAUCCGGGGAUCUUUCGAAAUAGGUUUCGGGAUGCUAUUUGGUAUAACUUUUUGGAGUUGGGGGAGAGGGUGCUUAAGGUUGUUGUUGUUCUGUAUUUUGCUUGGUUUGAUAUCAAGUGA